GAGAAAUGUUCCUGCUAGCUGUUUUGAGCAUUUCUUUAUCAAUUUUUGCAAUAUUUGCACAAGAAGACGGUGACUUACGGACUGUUUCCGAAAGACUUGAGAUAUUUGAGUACGGCGAAUGGGGUACUGUUUGUUCUAAAGGUUUUGAUGAUGUCGACGCGAGAGUGGCUUGUAGGCAGUUGGGAUACAGAUAUGGCACUUCUUUGGGUGAUGAAGUUCCAAGUGGCACAGGCAAGAUAUGGAAAAGCUAUGUGGCAUGCAAAGGAACUGAAAGUAAAUUGGCGGACUGCAAACAUGGCAAAGACCAAGGACCAUAUACAGGAUGUUAUCAUUCCUAUGAUGUAGGAGUUUAUUGUUUCAAUGAAACUCUUAUCCCUGGAAAUAUACGAACAGUUUCUGGAAUACUAGAAGUAUUUUAUAACGGAAUAUGGGGCACAGUUUGCGAUGACAACUUUGACGAUAUUGAUGCGCGUGUGGCGUGUAAGGAACUUGGAUACAAGUAAGUAAUAUAUAAACUCAUCAUAGAUACCAAGACUAAAUUUUGUAUAUACGC